AUGGGUUCGAGAAAGAAGGGUUUCGAUGAUUAUGGAGAUAGAAUUAGCGGUUUACCAGACGCAAUGCUUUGUCACAUCUUAUCAUUCCUUCCUACAAAAGAAGCUGCUUCAACUACUGUUCUUGCCAAAAGAUGGAAGCCUUUGCUUGCCUUUGUACCAAAUCUUGACUUUGAUGACUCUUUCUGUUUCAAUCCUCCAAGGACUUACGAAGAAACGAGAUACAGUUCUGUAAGUUUCAUAGGGUUUGUGGAUAGUGUAUUGGCUUUGCAAGCGAAAACCAAAGCUCCCUUGAAGAGAUUCCAUGUUAAGUGUGAGAAUGUUGUGGAUCAAUACUCGGUGCUUGAUUGGAUACCCAAAGUAUUGAAACGUGGUGUGUUAGAUAUUUAUCUAGACAUCCCUUCGUCUAGCGGUUUUUGUGAAAACUCGAGCUUCUAUCCUCUGCCUUCUAAGAUGUUUGAGAGCAAGACAUUGGUUAGGCUGAAGAUACAGUUUGAAGAUGGUGUCUACAUUCAUGUGAAACGUGGUGUUUCUCUUCCCAAGCUUAAGACUCUCCAUCUUGAUUAUUUCAAGAUAGAAACGAGUACGUUUAACAAGCUUCUUUCUGCCUGUCACGUGCUUGAAGAAUUAGUGCUGGUUAAUUUGAUGUGGGAUGAGGAUUCAGAACCUGAACCUUGUCCUGUGACUGUGUCUAUCCCAACCCUCAAGAGACUAAAGUUUUGCCGUUAUGAAGAUUGCUAUGAGGCUAAUUUUCAUGAGUAUGAAGAUUAUGAUGAGGAUAAAGAGGGAGUGUCAUUGUCGUUUGAUACUCCGAAUUUGGUCUACCUAGAAUAUUCUGAUGCUAUUGUGGACAGGUAUAAACAGGUGAGUUUUGACUCGCUUGUCGAAGCUAAUCUCAGACUUCGAAAAGCACCUAAUCAGACUGAAACAGACAAGACUAAUGUAACAAAGCUUCUCACGGGAAUACGCAAUGUUAGAAUUCUCUACUUGACUGAUGACUCUCUUAAGGUACUUUCUUGCUGCCGAGAAAGACUACCUGUGUUCAACAACCUAAUUGAGUUAACUAUUAAGACUACACCAUAUGUAGGAUGGAAAUUAUUGCCACCUCUACUCAAGAGUUGUCCAAGUCUAGAAACCCUUGUCUUUGAAGGACUGCAUCACAAAGAUUCCAAUAGAUGUGGGGACAAGGACGGAUGCUUGUGCCAAUAUGAUAAUAAUUGGGGGGUGAAGAUGGAUGUCCGCACUUGUCUAUCAUCAAGUCCGGUUAAGGUUGUAAAGAUAUUGAAGUUUGGUGAAACUUUUGAUGGUGAUGAUGAUGACGAUGAUGAUGAUGAUGAUGAUGAUGAUGAAGAUGUUGGGUCUUGUGAUGAUGUUGCCGAUGUUGUAGAGGAGCAGAUAGAGCAUGUCAAGCACUUCAUAGAGAAAAUGCCGGAUCUUGAACAAGUAAUACUGUACUACGAUACACCAAAUGAUCAAGAUGUGAUGAAAGUAUUCAAGAAACUUCAGAUGCUUCCUCGAGUAGCUUCAGCUAAUUGCAAUGUCCAGAUAAAAUCAAAGAAUCUCAGCUUGACAUCUACUUCGACUAAACGAGGUACUCUUCUUUAGAAGAUUCUUCUUGUGGUUUCUCAGCCAUGGUUAAUGUCUCAGGCUACAAGUUUGCUUAGCUGCAAAAAGAUCUAAACUCAAAUGUCUCAGGCUACAAGUUUGCUUAGCUGCCUUUUGUUCUUCUCUAAUGACUUGAAUAAUGUUUGUUUUUCUCUUUUGACUGAGAAUGUUGGUUAUCUUUUGUUCAGUCUUUCUUCUUCUCUUCCUUGAA